AUUUCAAGUUUGGUUUUUGCUAUUGCAGGGCAACAAGCAGGAGAUCAGGAAGGUCAACUGGUACUUCAAAAAAUGUAGCACAGCAGAAGAGGCGUCAGAGUGUGCUGCUAAAGAGAUUAGAUUUACCUCCUGAUGUAGUAAGCACAUCACCAAAUGUGCGACGAACAAGGAGACAGUCCAUGGGACAUCUGCCCAGAAAGAAAGAGGUUUUGCAAGAAUCCACGAAAACCUCAAAGCUACCACGAGCAGUAUCGGAGAAAACGGUGAAAAAUAAAGCAUCCCAUUCCAAAUUACCACUACCUGCCAAGAAAGAGAGCACCAAAACUGUGAAAGCAGAAGACAAGCAGGCAACAAAAACAGAAUCGGAAGCCAACGUGGUCAUUUCCCCGCAAAAAUUCUAUACCUCUCCUGAGAAGAAGUCCAAAGCUCUGCGGCGUAAAUCUUUUGGGAUGGCAGCCCUGGAAGAGAAUAUAGUCACAGAGACAAGAGCAAAGAGGAAAACAGAAGUAACUGUUUCUGUGAAGAAGACAGAGGAGCCCCAGAACAAGAAGAGAAGAGGAAAAUCAUCCACAUCCAACUUGGAAGCCACCGCAGCCAGUCCACCUGCGGCAAAGGCAAAGAAGGCUAAGAAAUCAGACGAAGCAGAAUCAGACACAAGUUCUUCUCCUGCACAGUUAAGAUCUCAAAAGUCCCCCUCGGCCAAGAAAUCAAAGAAGGCCGAGCCGAAAAGUCCUUCCCCGGCCCCAAAGAAAGUAGAGUCACCUACUCCUUCAUCUGCCUCAAAGAAAGCCAAGCAAACAAAACCAGUAUCAUCAUCUCUUAAAAAGACAAAGAAGUCAAGCACGCCUACCAUUUCUGUGCUGAAGACUCCGAGUAGACUUGGUAAUAUAACGCCAACUCGAUCGCCGAAGGUUAGGCUUACCAGGUCUGUGGCAAGGAGCUCACAGCGAGUACGACUUGUUGGAGUAAGCCCAUCGCCAUCAACUACAGCCUUCAGAAAGACACCAAAGUCUAGCAAGAAAGAAGUUACCAUCUCUACAGAUAACUUGGGAUCAUCGCCUGCACUGUCUGCACGAUUGCAGCUGCAACUCAUACGAUGCAAUUCACCAAUGAAGGAGAAGUAUAAGGCUUCUAGUUCAAAGGUCAAGCCAUUCACUCCAAAACCAGAUCCUCCUCCCCGAAGCUUACUAAAGCAAAACAUGAAGAAGAAGGUGGCUAAAAAUAUAAAAGCCACAACUAAGGUUGAAGUACACAGACUGAUGGAUCCAGAAAUUAGCACCACAAAGAAGAUAACUAAAAGGGAAGAAGAGAUAUUCAUUCCAGAUACACCAGUUUCAGUAACCAACCUUCCCCCAACACCGAAGUCUUCACGCAAAAGUCUUAGUUCUUCAGUUUCCAGAAGGGCUGCCCUCCGUACUACUGCUGAGAUUGUGCCAUGCCCUCCCCUAUCCUCUCCGGAAACUCCACGAAGUAGUACACCAAUUGAUAAGGACGACAAGUUAGAUGACCUUGCUGUCGACCCAACAAUUUCAACCUUCAGCCAAGAAGAGGAGGAAGUAUCUGUUGUAGACUCUGCUAAAGAAGAGGAAGUUUCCGAGACUGAAGAAUCACCAGAAAAGACAAAACGAAGUUAUUGUACUCUUAUGUAAUCAGACAUACUGCUUUGUUACAAAUUUAAAAGCUUACUACUGGGUAGUAUGCUGCAGUGGAAAUAAUAUUGAUGGCACUUCAUUUUGCUUAAGUUUUUAUAGAUUCAAAUAUUCUAUUUUUUUAAUGACAUAUCUUUUCCACUUUGUAUUUGUUUAAGACAUUUAUGUCAGGAUUGAGAAAUUCAUAUUUCUCAUUUAUGAAUGUGGACUUGAUCAAUAGGCUUUGGUUUUAUCAUAAGCUUAUAUUUGAUUUUAGAUACCUAUCUCAUGCUGAUAGUUUUUGCAUUAUUGAGGUCUUCAUAUGUUACAUUUUUAGGAGAUAAAUUUUCAUACUUUGAAUUUUUAGAAAAGUAGAGUAAACUGACACUUGUAGCCUAAGAUCGUACAUUUAAUGAAACGUACAAAGCUUGUUGCCUUUGAACAACUGUUAUAUAUGAUAUAAGCAGGUUGUCUGCAAUAAAUGCCUUUGCAUAUAUUUGGAAAUAUGUCAGACAUUAUAUUUAAACCUAAAAUGUACCUGAAAAUCUUGUAAUUGUAUAUAGCAUUUACAUACUGCCUGAUCAGUAAUUUUAAAUUAUUGAUAUUCCAUUGAUGACUGUAGUUUGUAAUGAAAUAAAUGUGUACAUAGAAAAAAAAAA